AUGUUUAAGGUUGAUUCGGAUGGGUCGGCGAUCACGUAUCAUAUCCCCGUGAAUCCUUUUGUACCGCUGCAGCACACUAAGAUUGAUGUCACAACGGUGAAUCACCUGGCGAAUUUUGGUGUGCGGUUUGCGAUGGAGCACGGCUGGUGUUACUGCCGCCCCCGCAGCAACCGCGCACAGGGUGCAAGUGAGGCUGUUGACGAGGGCUACGUCGAGCCUGGCGGGGAUGUCACUGUUUUUUUUGCCGGCGUUGAAGCGCAGCUGACGGGGGAGAUGCCAAAGUUUGACGGCAAAAUCACCCCCGCGUCCCUCUUUUUUUGGGGUCAGUUUUGGGUCUCGCACGUCGGCAACAGCAGCUUCGGCAUCUACGGCAGGCUUUUCCACUACGAUGCCACUGACGAGGCGAAAAAAGUCCCGAUUGGUGUGUUUAAGCUCACCGGUGUGACUGUCUCCAAGGUGAGCCGGAAGCCGGUGCCCAUCCCGAAGGAAAGAGCGGCGAUGCUGCUGGAGACAAUGCAAAGACACCAGCUGACAGUGACUUUGCCACGUGCAGUUCGCAUCGACCUUGCCGGCUUCCUGGCGCGCUCAGGAGUGUUCACAGACGAAACAUGCUGUAAGACGGUGAAUCCGCUGCCCACGCACGCCUCCGCUGCGCCACUGCAGGUUGCCUACCGCCGCGAGUUUCAUAUUCGACACAGCGACAUAGACUUUAACGGGCAUGUGAAUCAGAUGGCGCUUAUUCAACUGGUCAUAAACGCCUUCCGGUCGGCGCUGGCGGAUCAAACAACGAUCUUUCCUCGUUUGCUGGAUGCAGGUGUCAACGCCAUCGUUGGGGACCUCCUCCUCCGGCGUCUUCACAUUGAUUAUGUUCGGGAAACACCAAUGGACCACCGGUCUGUGAUCGUCACGUUAUUUUUUAUUGACGAUGUUUCAAGAGACGCCGUCAUCGCUUCCUCCGCGGAAAGUCGUGGGAAGACUAUGGCGGACUUGGGAUUUCUUGCCCAGGGCGUCCUGACGGACGGAGCACCGCCCCACAUUGCUGCCAUCGGCGUCCUCUGCAUUUGCUGUUAG